GCCAUCCCAGUACUCCUAUAAAACCUCUUUCACUUUUUGGUUUUUCACGCAAAGUAUUGGUCCCUUCGGUAUUGCGACCCGAGAGAGAGAGAGCGAUGGCGAGUUCUUCCGUGGCAUUGGAGGAUGUGCCUUCCGUUGAUAUGAUGACCGAGCUCCUUCGCCGGUUCAAGUGCUCCUCCAAGCCCGAUAAGCGUCUCGUUCUCAUCGGUCCACCUGGUUCGGGAAAGGGUACACAGUCACCUAUUAUCAAGGAUGAUUACUGUCUGUGUCAUCUGGCCACCGGUGAUAUGCUGCGAGGGGCCGUUGCUGCCAAAACUCCUCUUGGGAUUAAAGCUAAAGAAGCCAUGGAUAAGGGAGAACUUGUUUCUGAUGAUUUGGUUGUUGGAAUAAUUGAUGAAGCAAUGAAGAAGCCUUCAUGUGAAAAAGGCUUUAUUCUGGAUGGUUUUCCGAGGACCGUGGUCCAAGCUGAGAAGCUUGAUGAGAUGCUUGGAAAGCAGGGAACAAAAAUUGAUAAGGUGCUCAAUUUUGCAGUUGAUGAUUCAAUAUUGGAGGAAAGGAUCACUGGCCGUUGGAUUCACCCUUCUAGUGGCCGAUCCUACCAUACUAAAUUUGCACCUCCCAAGGUUCCUGGAGUUGAUGAUGUCACUGGAGACCCUUUGAUUCAACGAAAGGAUGAUACCCCAGAAGUCCUCAAGUCAAGACUGGAUGCAUUUCACAAGCAGACAGAACCUGUUAUCGAUUAUUAUGCCAAAAAGGGUGUUCUUGCAAACCUCCCUGCAGAGAAACCGCCAAAGGAAGUCACGACCGAGGUCCAGAAGGUUCUAUCUUCGUAAGAUGCGGCAAACUGAGAUUGUUUUUCUUGCAUUUGUUCCCACAAACUAUCACAUGAGCUAAUGUACUCCUACAAAUGCUCUUAGACUGAGCUCCUUUUUGUUUUGUUUCCAAUGCGUUCAAUUUUCCCAAGUAAUAAAGUGGUGAUAUUUUUGUGGUUUUACUUGGAUAUCUAUUUCUGGGUGAAGAUGAGACUGAUUCGUAUAAUUCAAACACUGCAUUACAUUUCUA